CGUGGCCAGGGGCGGCCGUUGGCGGAGGGAUCCGAGCGCGCGCGCGGUGCGGCGGCUGCGAGGCGGUUGAGUGGGGUCCGGCUGCGGCUUCUGCCUCCCUUGCCCGUCGUUGCCGCCGCCGCCGCUCGUGGAAGCCUUCGCACGCCGCAGUCGCUGCCCGCCGACGACCCGCCGCCCGCCAUGGCUGACCAGCUUACUGAAGAGCAAAUCGCAGAAUUCAAGGAGGCCUUCUCCCUCUUUGACAAGGAUGGGGACGGCACCAUCACCACUAAAGAGCUUGGCACCGUGAUGCGGUCUCUGGGGCAGAAUCCGACUGAGGCUGAGUUGCAGGACAUGAUCAAUGAGGUGGAUGCGGAUGGGAACGGCACCAUCGACUUCCCGGAGUUCUUGACCAUGAUGGCGAGGAAGAUGAAGGACACGGACAGCGAAGAGGAAAUCCGGGAGGCUUUCAGAGUGUUUGACAAGGACGGGAACGGCUACAUCAGCGCCGCCGAGUUGCGCCACGUGAUGACAAACCUCGGGGAGAAGCUGACGGACGAGGAGGUGGACGAGAUGAUAAGGGAGGCGGAUAUCGACGGGGACGGGCAGGUCAACUAUGAAGAGUUUGUGCAGAUGAUGACUGCAAAGUGAGUCCUGCGGAGCGGGCAGCUGGCGAUGCCCAAAUUCUCCUCCGAUACUUUUUUCUCCAACACUCUUACUUAAGUAACCUGGUUCUCUAAGCAAACAGUCGGCUGUGGAAUAAAUCUGACCAAGCGAUUAAAAAAAAAAGAAAGAAAGAAAGAAAAACAAUCUUCCUAAGUUGCAUGAUUGCACUCUCUUCCCCUCCUCUCGUUCUUCCUUCCUAACUUCCCUUCUUCCUCUUCCUCCCGGUGUAGCCCCUUAACAUUCUGGAGAAAAAAAACCCCACCUCCUCCCCACCGCAACCUCGUGGAUGUCUUUGUUUCCAUUGGGUUUUUCUGUUCUGCAGUCUGCGCUGGCCCUUCUCCCGGGGGCGCCGAUUCUUUCUCUUUCUUUCAAGAAUCCACACGAUGGGGGUGGAACAAGAGCGCAAAGCCCUUCUUUAAUCGUGUUGCAUGCGUCUGGCAGUGUGGUCGCGCGCAUUGGCCUGGCGGUAGCCACCAGAGGUCUUGCCCUCCCGCGGAACACCGAGGGGGUAACGAGGACGAAACUGGGGAGGGGUGUGUGUCUUAGUAUUUGUUUGGGGGGGGGGGGUGGAAAGCCAUCGCAAAAACACUUGGAAGUGUGUGGCUGAAGCUGGGUUCCAGAGAGCUCCAUCGGCAUGCUUUUGGAGAAGAAGCUGGGGGGUGGGAGGCGGGAGGUUGACAAGGUCUGAUUGGCUGUUUAGAAAAACUUACCUAUAAAAGCGCCCCCCCUCCCCUCCACCAACAAGCCACCUGCAACUUCAGCUUUUGUCUGCUCUCGAACCCUGUAUAAAUUGUAAAUGUCCUUCUGGUUUUCCCCGAAGCAUUUGUUGUUCAGACAUGAGCUGCUAUGUAAAUACCUGGCGCCGCAGGCCCAACUAGGGCGCCCCGCGUGUGCGGAAAUGGCAGACGCUGUGAGUUGGCAGCCGGGGUGGGAGGGGGCGCGAGGCAUUGGGACGGAGCCGCAAUAAAACAGUGACGCUGAGCUAAUGCAAUCUGCGCUGGGACUCUUUCUUUUUCCCCCAGCCCUUCCCCCCCCCCCUUCCUCAUGCAGCGCUUUUCUUUUUUAGUCGUGGCUCUCGGUUCUCCACGCUUGUCCCUCUGCGGCUUGGCUUGGCCCGUCUGUGCUCUUGAUGUCGCUUUCCUUCACCUGUGCGCGCCCCCCCCCCCCUUUCCUUGCAGCAAACGGCAUGAGCUGCAAAAUCGGCUUCUCUCUUUUUUUCUCUCUCUCCACAAUUUGUUUUUUAAUCGACGACGAUGACAAAAAAAAAAAAACCACGGGAAAAAAAAAGUUCUUAAGAGAGGAAACUGAAACCAGCAGCGGAAUUUCCCUGAAUACCGGGUGAAUGAAGAGUGCUUUGUGCGUAGCCCGCAGAUGGAUUGGACCCACGCCUCCUCGGUUUUCUUUUUUCUCCCCUGGUCUUUUUGCACCCCUGGCGUGAGCCGGAGGUUGGAGGGGUCUUUUCUCACCUUGAGAGCUUGGAAAGGGGGCGUGGGGGGGGGGAAUGGUUGGAACGAGGGUGUCCUUGGAAGCGGGUGGUGGUGUGUUCAGUUCAAGCUGUGAAAAUAAAAUUAUAUCAAUGUUUUCCAAUAAAAUGCAGUGACUACCUGAAA